AUGACACACCGACGUCAAGAGACGGAGCUUCCACUCUUACACAACGGAGGCCGACAAGACAGACGAGACCGGCAAAGGCAAAGGAGGAUAGCCAGCUCUAGGCGUCUCCCAGCCCAAACUACACAGAACUUCGCCGACAAUGAUAUGGACCAUUCCAGGACGACCCCUAUGUCUGUUGACCGCGAUCAAGAAGGCAGUGUGCUCGAUGGCUAUGCCACUGAGACAUCUUCUUCAACACAAACCAUGGUCAUCCCCAAUACGAGGCCACAUGAUGCCAGCGACAACACUAGGUCGAAAAUUCUACGUGCCAAGGAAGCCCGCAUACACAUAGAGGAGGACGGAAGCGAGAAAUGGCAUCCGUUUUGGUUGCACCCGGCCGUGCUGGGGUUGUUUCUUGCCUUCUUCCUAGGCUGUGCUGUGGCACUGCCAGUGCUAUUAUCAAUAUCCAACCGAAACGAUGGGUUGCUGGAAGCUCAGGUAGAUCUUGAGCAAUUGUGGAGGUUUGGUCCAACUGCUGUGUUCACUAUCGUUACCAUCUUCUGGAGCAGAGUGGAAUUGCAGACUCUGAGAUAUUUCCCGUGGGUGAAGGUUCAGAAUUCGAACGACACCAGCGUCUACGAGUUAGACUACACCUCGAAGAUAUCGCUCACCGUUUUGCUGCAAUCCCUUCGCAACAAACACUUCUUAGUAUUCAUUAUCACACUCACCACUCUGCUGCUCAAAGUCCAAGUUGUUCUUAUCCCCAGUUUAUUCUCUCUGAGGACUGUUCAGGUGUCCAGACCUGUUGUUAUACAGACCUCGGAUUUUUUUGAUACAAAUUUUACAUAUCGUAUUUCAUCAUCGGAGAACUCAAUUGGCUAUUACAACUUCAAAGCAAUCCAGGACUUCGGUACGGGAAUUCCCUUUGGGGUUGGCAAUAACUCGAUAUACCAGACCUUUGCCCAAGCAAAUUCCGAAAAGGAUGCUCGUGGAACCGUCGACUCGCCUCUUACCGCCCGUGUGGAUGGAUUAUUCUUUGAUGUCGAGUGUCGAGAACUGGAGAGUUGUACCACAAUUCUCAAAGAAAAUCAACCCAAACCCUUCUCUAAGGAUCAAUAUGUCGCAUGGUUACAAAUCGAUCUCAAAUUUGAAGGCUGCCCGCAGGCAGCCCUUCUCAACAUAUCCCAGGAUUUUUACGGUGUCAACAACAGAUUAGAGCCAUGGAGUACUGAAAUCUUGAAGACGACGAACAGUCCAAUUAAUUGCUCAGCGCUGCCUAGUCAAUUCCCUCAAUUUAUCAAUCUUGCAGCAAGAUGGCUACCUUCAUCAAAAAACGCAACACUUCCCGUCCAAGAUGCUUGCGCUGCAGUGAUUUGCUCACCCACGGCCUGGGUAUCUGAAGUGGAAGUUCUGGACGACGGCAAUCAUCCCAUAAUGACCGUUUUGCCAGAUCAAACUAAGACUCCUAUGCACGUCAACCCUUAUCCACUCUUCGAAUCUUCGGUUCCAAACGGUCUUGGUGGUAGUAGUAAUAGCGAGUCUCGCUAUUCAGCACUCGAGGUGAACACUUAUUUACUCAAUUCCACCAACCUGAAGGCCAAUUACCCGGACGGGAUCCCUCGUUCGCUAUAUUCAAACCAGAUACUUCACGAAUCUGUGUUGAACUUCACACAAAUGCUAGGCCCCCUUGUGGCACACCAUCAACUUCGAAAUAAAACUGAGCAGCUUCUCAAUAAAACCGAGAGUCAGAAGACCGGGUCAAGACCGUUUGACACUACUCGACUCCAGCUCAAUUAUCCAGUCUGCAUCAGCUUGGCUGUGAUUUCAGCUCUCUCAGCAUUCAUUUCCCUUUGGGCUAUGCUUCAAUACAGAGGAGCAUUCAGGAACUGGGACAAGAAUCCAGCUACGAUCAUUGGAUUAAUAAAUUUCCUUCAUGGACAAAGAUUUGAUCACACAGCGACCAAGCCCAGGCUAUGGAAUCAAUUUCAAGGGUCCCCUCUACCUCUCCCAACCUGGCUAAGGCUUAUAUUCACAAUAUAUGCUCUAGGCUUAAUCAUUACCCUUACUAUUAUGCUUCAGAUUUCUCAUAAAUCCGAUGGGAUAGUCACACUCAUAGAAGGAACCCCAUCACUUUGGUGGACUGUAGUUCCCACUUUGAGCAUAUAUCUUGUCACACUUUAUACUACAUCAUCGGACACCGUGGUUCGCGAUCUCGCUGUUUAUUCUCAGCUUAGUCUACGAUCCUGUACGAUGGCGGAGAUGAAUGUUUCACUACUGGACAUGCUUGGUCUUAGAGCAUUGUACUAUUCGCUGAGAUGGAAGAUAUACACCGUCACGCUUUCACAACUUUUAGCUAUCGCUUGCGGCUUCUUAGCGUCAUUUUCAUCUCUCCUAUUCACUUCAAAACUUAUCCCCGGAAACUCUGAUAUCAGCCUUAAGCAACAGAGUUGGUUUGGUAAUCGAACUCUAGCCCAGGCAAGUGAACCAGGGAAGUUGAGUGAUUACGAGAUAGCGAGAUACGCUCUUGGUGGACUCAUUAUCUCGCCGAAAAGUUCCCAGUUCACCUGGCCUUCGUUCACGUACCAGAAUCUCCUCUUUCCACGUCUAGAGAUGGAUGGCACCAGCAAAGACUGGAACUCGAGCGUGAGCUUUGAACUUGAGGUACCGGCUAUCCAACUGAUAUCGGACUGCGCACAGCUUCCUCAAAGCGCUCUUCAUCUCGAAAAACAACGCUAUUACAGCCAAUGGGAGAUGACCAUCAAUAUGACUCGCACUUGCCCCAAUGGUACCAUAGUCGACGUUAUAGGUUACCACUACCCGAAUUAUAACACGUACACGUUUUCGGAAAUCUACGCUAGGACGGAACCAUGUCCUUCCCAAUAUUGGAUGGAAAAGACAUGGAUAUGGGGUCAGGUUUUCGAAAAUGGCACUUACAGUCAUCCUUCCAUGUGGAGUUGUAACUAUACUUGGGCAGAGAUUCCGACGAAAUUGCAACUGAUAUGGACCACAGACGGUUUUCAGGUCGACCAUGCGAACCCUCCACAGCCAGACUACUCGAAAACUAAACUAUUAGAGCCGUCAUUCCCAAUUGAUACGCAAACUUUCGAUCGCUUUGAUAAGUUGUGGCCAAAACCAGACCUUGGGUUUGCGGUAGGAGUUGCUGAGACACCGGAGUCCGUUGAUGCACGAUUCAAUUACCUCUUUGAGCCUGUUGGCUCUUUGAAACUGGAAAACAUCAUCAACCCGGAUGACGCCCAUAAAACCAUUGAGGCUUUGAACUCCGGUAUCAGCUUAGUUUCCGGUCAGAUAGCAAAUGCUUUGAGGCGACUUGAUAUCAAUGAGGCAUCAACAACGUCUCCGGAGCACCCUGGAGAGUUGCCCCCCAUCACCGCAAGAGUAACGGAUAAAAGACGGCACCGACUCGUCCAGGAUGCGGUAAUAACUUAUUUGAUAAUUGGGGUUAUAUCAUUGGCCUUUGUCGUUAACACUUGGGCCUUGCUCUCAUCUGGGCUAAAGCGCUUCAUCGGCUACAGAGGCAAAUGGUUGCUGGACUUGGAGAUGAAGGACUUGGUGCCGCCAGACUAUAACAGUAUUGCCGUGUCCGCUUCUCUUCUUUCUCCUUCCAACUAUCCGAAAUAUGUGGGCUCCUUGGAGGAAUUUUACACGAGAUUGUCGGGUCUACGCUUCCGGAUGGGGUGGUUUAUCAGAAAGGGGGCCCAGGAGAGGGAGCUGACAAUUGGCGUUCUGGAUGAUCCAGAGUUUCUGUUCUUGGGGGGUAAACAAUCAAGCAAAUAA